AUCGCAUGAACGAGCAAAUAGGCACAGCUCGCUUUUGUUAAGUUGCCUUAGGAUUCCCUUUUUUGUACAAGGUCUCACAGAAAUAGAACACCAAAAUAUCACGCAAUUCCCAAAAUCUCUUAGGAGAUCUAGUUCACGUAAGCGUGCAUACAUUGCUGUGUAGCUUCGGUUUACUGACUUCGAAGCGUAUUUGUCCCCAAAUAUCUGCUGUGCUUGGAUGACCUCCGCCCAGGCCUUUGCGUAAGCAAGGCAUGUUUUUGGGAACUUAGUAGUCAACAUAGAUGGCUUGAAAAGGUUUCUAGCUGAUCAGGGCGGUGCUUUCCUGGGUCGGAGCACGGCACCACGGCAGGGGAUCAUUGGGGAUGGCACUCUCAAGCUGCAUCAAGAGUGGCGUGCUGUUCGUUGCCUUUAACCAAGACUGCACAUGCGUAGCGCUCGGAAGUCAGCAGGGCGUGCACAUAUACAAUGUACAUACGCACAAACUCUGUUACCGCUACACCAUCGGUGCAGUCAGUAUUGUGGAAAUGCUCUUCUGCACAAGUCUUGUGGGCUACGUGGGAGCAGGCGAGCAGCCCGCGCUCACCCCCCGCAAGCUCACCAUCAUGAACACGAGUGCCAGCCGCACCAUACAGGAGCUCAGCUACCCGACCUCCGUGCUGGCUGUGCGCAUGAACAGGCAGAGGCUGGUCGUCGUGACGGCCAAGCGCGCGCAUGUGUACGGCAUGCACAACCUGGCCUGCCUGCGGGUGAUCGAUACGGAAGAUAGCCCCGCCGGGGGCUGCUGUGCGCUGACGGCUUGCCACGAGCCCAACUUGCUGGCCCUACCCGCGUCCGCAUCCUCGGGUGCGGUGCGCAUAUACGACCUGGCCCAGGACGGAGGCAACGUGCUGAGUGAAGUCCGCGCGCACCAGACACCCGUGGUCACGCUAGCCUGGAGCAGCGACGGUGCGUUGCUGGCGACUGCCUCCGCCAAGGGCACCGUCAUCCGUGUUCACCGCAUGCCGGGGGCGGCGCGCAGCCACAGCUUCCGACGCGGCGCCACCUCCGCCGCCAUCCAGUCCAUGGCUUUCAGCGCUCCCGGGCUGCCGGUGCAGCUGCUGGUGGCGGCGAGCAGUCACGGCACGGUUCAUGUGUUUCGGUUGCAGGAUCCGGAGCCUCCCGGGGUGUCCUCCCGGCCUGCCUCCGCCGCCGCGGGUUUGCUGUCGGCCGUGGUUCGGUACUCGGUGGGCGACAUGGUGGAGCCCGCUCGGAACAUCGCGACCAUUCGACUUCCGCAGUCAGUGGGCGCCGCCACAUGCGCCUUCCGAAUGGGGCCGCCGCCGGGACAGGAGGCAGCGGCGGAGGCGGGGGCAGCAGCCGCAGCUGCAGGUGAGGCGGCAGCAGCUGCUGCUGCUGCAGCUCCCUCCGGACUGCAGCCACGAGAUCUCACCAGCAGCAGUACCGCUGCCGCUGCAGCAGCCAUGGCUGCUACUGCCGGCGGCGUCGGUGCAGGCAUCACCCCCGGCGUCGCC